AUGCGCCGGCCACGCCGCACCGCGCCGCUGCUCCCACUGGCGCUGCUGCUGCUGCUGCUGCUGUGCGCCGCCGCUGGGUGCCUCGCCGAGGCUCCCGCCAAAGUUGCGCAGGGGGGAGAUGCAUCGCAGGACGGGGUCACAAGUGGCACUCCAAAAGACCCAAGCAGUGAAGAUAAUCAGCUGAGUGGUGGCAACACACUGCCGGGCAGUGGCGCGGGGACGGAGAAGGGGCCGGAAGAGGCAGACACCGCUAAGACACCGGAAAGCCCAGAUCUCAGCGGGACCGAUGGGCAGGAGCCGGCACUGCCGCCAGCGCCGGCGCCACAAGCAGACAACAAGGCAGUGCUGCCGACAGCAGGUGCAGAAUCAGAGGAAACCAGACGAGGUGUGGACGCAGGCAGCCUUUCAACGAAGGCAAAGGGACGACGUCGAGGGAAAAGGCCCAGGUCAAGAAAACAGCCAAGAAGGUCAAGUUCAAGUGGCCAAGGAAGAAGAACAGCAUGA